AUGGAAGAGGAUGCUAGGGAUAGGUUGAAAUGGGGUGAGAUGGAGAUAGAUGAUCCUCUUUGGCGACCCCUACAGGAGAAAGAAGAUCCUCAUCAGUACGACGCCUUUAUCUCCUACAACACCCACGAUGAGCCUUGGGUCAUUGACACGCUCUUACCAAAACUGGAAGGAGAACAGGGCUGGAGACUGUGCCUACACCAUCGAGACUUUGAACCAGGGAAGCCCAUCAUAGAUAACAUCACGGAUGCCAUUUACGGAAGCCGGAAGACCAUUUGUGUUAUCAGUCACAAAUACCUUGAAAGUGAAUGGUGCUCCAGAGAGAUCCAGGCAGCCAGUUUUCGUCUGUUUGAUGAGCAGAAGGACAUACUUAUCCUGGUGUUUCUGGAGGACAUUCCCAGCUAUCUGCUGUCUCCCUACCACCGCAUGAGGAAGAUGUUGAAGAAGAAAACCUACCUGAGCUGGCCGCGAGCUGCAGAGAACAUAGAGCUGUUCUGGGAAAAACUCCGGCAGGCUCUAGAGACCAAUGAAAAUCCAGAAGCGGAGAUGUUACUUCUCACUGUGUCAAACACGCCAUGA